GUAAAUAUUGGCGAGACUGACCUGUGAACGAAAAUGGGAGGAGCUGAAGAGUUAGCCAUGUCUAGCGGAGAAGAGAGAGAGGAUGACGAGGCCGCCGCCGCCGCUAAAGAACAUCUGCAGAAACAAUUUCGACUCUGCACCAUCUCCAUCGCUGAAGGCGAAGCCAAGCGAAAUGAUAUGGAAAUUUCUAAAACGAUUGUGGCUUGCAUCUCCAACUUAGCCUUCAAAUUUGCAGAACAGUUGGCAAAGGAUCUUGAAUUAUUUGCACAACAUGGUGGCCGCAAGUCGGUGAACAUGGAAGAUGUCAUACUUUCAACACAUAGAAACGAGCAUCUUGCUGCCACAUUGAGAUCCUUCCGUGAUGACUUAAAAGCGAAAGAACCCCAAACUGAGAGGAAGAGGAAAAAAAGAACAAGAAAGCAAGACAGAGCUGCUGCUGAUGAUCUAUCUGUGUUGGAUGCAUAAUUCUUAGCCUCUGUCUAUCUCUUAGCUGAACUGAGUAACCCGAUGCUCAUACAUAGUAGUAUUCAACACUGGAGGCUGAGAAGUAUAACUAAUUCCCUCACAAGUGUAUUACUAUUGAUUCUAGCCAAAGUUGGUGACUAGAUGAUAGGUGAAUAUUUUUCGUCAAAACAUACUCCGAUCCGUAUAUCUUAGGAAAUAGCAUUGGUUGGUUGGUCCCUGGCAUUCGUUAAAAUUCCUUUUAUGCACUAUUGAUGUAUUUCUAUGUGCUCUUGUAGCGCACAGUAUUCCAUU